AUGGUUUUGCUAAGAUGGUUUUGGAGCUUGAUGCCUGAAAAAAUAAUGUAUAGAAUUAGAAGAGGCUAUUUGUUUGCAGACUGUUCCUUGAAUUUCACUUCAUACCCUUACCUACCAAGUGGUAACUGCAUUGGUGAAAAUGGGAAAGUCAUCUUAUGGGGCAGUAUAUCUUCACAUCUUUGCUGUCGAAACGCCCUCAAUGCCUUGUUUCAAGUUCUUGCAGUUCGAGCUAAUCAAAUACCAGACAGUAUCAUCUUCAUUGGACAAGAUUCAUGGAACCAAUGCAAUUCUCCAUUUCCAUCACAACCAUUAGUUUCCCUACACUCUUGUGGAUUUGACAAUAUUUACUCUGGCAGUUCCAAAUGUUCAAACCUAUCCCUGUCACAAAUUCAGGGCAGUCCACUUUACUUGGAAGCAGUGAAGUUAUGUUCUGACUUAAGUUCUUCAUUUGACAACACCUGUAAGAAGUGCACUGAUGCCAUAGAAAAGGUAGCUGAAUCUCUGUUGGCACUAGUACAAAGGCAAAAGGAUCAUACUGAAAGAACAUUAUGUAGUUUAGCUGCAGUUCUUUCGGUUGCUGCUGCAAAUGUUACUGAUAGCUCUUUUGGUCCAAAUUUGUUUAGCUGUAUGUCUUCUUUAGAUGAUUUUGAUCCAGGCUAUAUCAAACUCAAAAGGAACCUAGCAAAAGCACUUGUUGCAGUCUUUGUAGCAGUCAUGGUGCUGAUUUUGAUCCUAGUCUUGGUAAAAUUUGUGACCCUAAAGAAAAGCAAGAUCCAAAAAAGGCUUCCGAAACCACUGCUACCAAAGGACAUCAAUAACUGGUCUUGCCUCUACAUCUUCUCAAAGGCUGAGAUUGAGAAAGCUAUAAGCAUUAACAAUAGAAAGAAGAGUUUAGGCCGAGGGAGUGCUGGCGAAGUUUUCGAAGGCAGGUUGCCUAGUGGACAAGUUGUGGCCAUCAAGCAGAUAAAGAAAGGCAACUCUUUGGAUUCUUUCACCAGGGAAGUUGCCGGUCUAUCCCGGAUUCGGCAUCCGAACCUUGUAUCUUUGCUCGGUUGCUGUAUCGAAGGCGAUGAGCAGUAUUUGGUCUUGGAAUAUUGUCAUUCAGGGAAUCUUGCUGACCAUAUCCUACGGAAAGACACUGUCUUGACAUGGGAAAAAAGAGUUAAGAUCCUAAGAGAUUGUGCACUUGGGCUGAGGUAUCUCCACAAUUACAUUGAUGGAUGCAUUGUGCAUAGAGAUAUUAAGCUCACAAACAUCCUCUUGACCGAAGAUUUGGAGCCUAAACUCUCAGAUUUCGGGCUCGCAAAGAUGCUAGGAAUGGAGGAAAGCAAAGUUUUCACUGAUGUUAGAGGAACAAUAGGUUAUAUGGAUCCAGAAUAUAUGAGCAAUGCGAAGCUAACCUGUGCCAGUGAUAUCUACAGCUUUGGCAUUGUAGCCUUGCAACUUCUUUCAGGACAGAAAGUUUUCGAGUUGGAUCUCGAUGCCAGUGAACAACUUACACGAAAAGCAAAGGAUGUGAGCCUGGGAAAUCGUCCAUCAACAGAUUUCGAAGAUCCGAGGCUUCAUGGAAAUCUCAAUAGGAAAGAUUUCGAAGCCAUUUUAAAAAUUGCAGUACUUUGUGUUGCCAAAUCGAGUAGGGGCCGACCACCUAUCGAUGUUGUUUUUGAUGAGUUAGAGAAGGCUUGGAAAAACACAGUGGCUGACAUGAAAAUGAGGAAAGAAAUUGGUCCAUCAGCAACACCACAGUCAAGGUCCAUGGAAGUUACUUCAUUGUGAAUGCAGAGGUUUCGGAAGGGUAAUUCGGAUACUUGCUUAUAAUAAAAGUUGUGGUAAUAUUAUAAAGAUGGAAAUUAGGAAAAGUUAUUUUCUUCAUUAGACAUUUUUGUGAUUCACAGGAGAGAGAAGAUUAAAAAAAAAAAAAGAGUUUCAGAAAGAAGGAAGAGGUCUUUGGUCCUUGUAAGAAACUGGGAAGAUUAUGUCAAUUACUAGUGAAUAUCUCAUUGAUGCAGGCAUAUACACACACACACAUAUAUAUAUAUAUAUAUAUAUAUAUAGAGAGAGAGAGAGAGAGAGAGAGAGAGAUGUGUAUAUUUGUUGACUUUCUGGUUUUCAAGCUAAAGUUGAUGUUUUAAGAGGAAGAUGUUGUGAAAUACUAUGCAAGUCUAUUAAGCUAUGCGAGUUUUGCUGAAAUAUACUGUAUUGUAUUUCUUCUCUUAAAAUAUAGUUUUUUUUUAAAGUGUCCGACUGCUUAAGAAACCAAAUAUUCAUAAAUUAGACUUAAAAAUAAAUUCAUGAAUUAGACUUAAAAGA